AUAAUGAUCUUUAUUUCACCUCGUAAUUAGAUCUACAUGACAUAUGGAAGUCUUGCUGACAUCUAUAUCUGCCUUAUUUAAGUGAAAGAACGUCGACAAAAUAAGAAAUGGCAUCGGAAUCGUUGGAUUGCAGUCCGCCAAAGUCAAAGAGCCUUCCCAUCGCGGGGACGGGAAAGGGGAAGAAGUCGGUGGCUCACCGACAGCCGCAGGGACAGUCGGCCGGUACCGUCCUCACAAACAGGUCCAAAAACAUGACUGUCAUCACUCCUCUUGAUGAUCGUAAAUCUGUAAUCGCUCCUUCACUUUCAAAAGGAACAAGAUGGAUGCAUAGAUCUACCAUUACAAUGGAAAGAAAUCCACAACCAUCAGAUUUUACCACAUCUGCUCAAGAGUCUUAUAAUGGAAAUAAAAUGCUUCCCGGAGCUCGUAGGCCGACUGCUUGUCCAACUCUCCAUUCAUCUCAUUUUGACAUUGGUCUUAAUAAGAAGCUCUAUCACAGCACACAUUACAAAUCACACUUUCCUCACCAUGAUGUUGAUCAUCCCAACAAGCUUCACCAUCAAUCGAUCACAAACUGGACCCACAACGUCAGGGGCUCAAAGAUGCAUGAUGUAUUAAGCAGAGAAGGUCAAUCUGCAGAUUACUGGAGCUCGUACGCGCACGUCCAUAACAGAUUGGGAUUACAGCGUGGUGAAGGGGUCUCCAGAGUCAGACAGCCAUUGCCUUCCUAUAACGUACUCACAGGCCAUGAGAAGGGAACAAAUACAGACCGAGAUCUUCAUUUGAUAUCUGGUAAUCGUGUUCUUCAUUCUGUACGUCAAAUUCCAGAGCAAAGCCUGUUACUUCAAUGAUCGUAAAUCAAAACCUUGUUUGUCAAGGACCUAGGAAUAUUCCAUGUGUUUUAUUCCACUUAUUAGUCUUGUAGAAGACUAUAUCGCAUGGGGUUGGGCAAAGAUUUUGACACAC